AUGGAGCUGACGCUAAGAGAGGCUACUGGAGAGGAGGUGAAAUGGUACGAGCUCCUGAUGCCGCUUCUGGAACCCAUGGUGGAGAUGGACGUCCUGGACAACCAUCUAAAUCUUUCACCACCACCCCCACUCGUCGACCCAGAAGAGCUGCCAAUGUUAACUCUGUUAACAGAAAAUGGUAUAGGCUACCUGGGCGACCAGCUAACCUAUUCAGCAGACCUCAACGACCAGUCGCUGUCCAGCCAAAUGACAGGAAAUGAGCAUUUUAACAAGCAGUACUUGAACUAUCAGGACACAGUUUCUGAGUUGCCUCUCCAUCUCCUACAUGCUCCCACUCCACCGCAGAGCCUUGAUGGACCCUCAGUGAUGCUGCCAGAGUGUUCCAGGACAACUUAUAUAGACCUUGCUGCCUCUACACUGGUCUCCACAUCCCAAAAAAGGAAACAAUACACCCAGCGGGAUGGAGAGAAGGCCUACAUUAAAAAGCCACCAAACGCAUUUAUGAUCUUUAGGAAGGAGCAGAUGACAAAGGUCAAGGCUGAGCUAAACAUCAGAAACAACGCUGAGGCCAAUAAAGUCGUGGGUCACAAGUGGAAGUCACUCUCAGCGUCGGAUCAAGCAAAAUAUUACCAGCUAGCCGACGUUGAGAAACAUAUCCACCAAGAGAUGUACCCAAACUGGUCCUGCACAGACAACUAUCAUGGAGCUGACGGCAGAGAGGCUACUGGAGAGGAGGUGAAGUGGUACGAGCUCCUGAUGCCGCUCCUCCAACCAGAGAUGCAGAUGGACGUCCUGGACAACUAUCAAAAUCAUUCACCACCAUCUCUACAAGCAGUACAUGAACCCAACACACCCUCGGAGGCCAAACCCAACAUCUCCCCCGGCCUUUCGCCGAACUCCGGGCCGGUGUCGCUCAGCGCCGCGGCGACGGGUUACGCCCGUCCCGAUCAGCCAGCGGGUGGCGACGUUGCGGUGAAAACAGACACGAACGAGCAUCAGACGGAGUUCAGACAGCUGCGAGCCAUGAGCAAGAGUCACUUUCCCAUUUCACUUUCCACUUACACGUCACCGUCCUGGAAGACGGAACACAACGCAGCAGGAGAGAGGAGAUCUCACAUCGUGGAGACCAUUGACCAUCAUCCCCUGAAGACCUCCUCCCUCUCCGACCUAAGUCCACAUUCUCUCAAGGCCCCCGUGCCCUGUCGUCCUCAGCCAAUCAAGAGCACCUUCCCCUGGGCUAUCCCUGAAUCAGCCACCUGGGCGCCCAUGGCGGGCGGCAGCAUGGUGCUGCACCCUUACCCCAAGUCCGGUCUCCCUGGUUUCCCCAACAUGGUCCCGACGAGCCAAAAUGGCAGCCUGCCAGGCUACGGGCCUCAGUGGCACAAGGCCGUCAAAGAACCCACCGUGGUGUUCCGCUUGAAGAACCCAUCGGAGCACACGGGACAAAACCCUGCGGCCAAGACCCAGGACAAGAAGGACGCUCAGCACAAAGAUCCAUGUGACGGUCCUCUGGACCUCUCCGACAGAGGAAAGUCCAAGACGGGCCAAACACCUCUGGCCUGGCAAGAAGGUUUGGACCGGAGACGGGACAAGGACGUGUCACCUGACACGUCUCCGUCCUUACCUCCGGUCUCACAGCGAGAGGAAGUCCCAAACCACAAGGCGGUAAAAGAGCAGGAGCAGAAUAAAGCGGCACAGGGGAAAGCGGAGCAAAGCAAGAAGGUUCCCGCCCUCACGAUAUCACUGCGUCCAGUCGUGGUGCUGGAGACUCUCAACUCUGAUCUUCACACACAAAACACAUCGACAAAUGGCAAGUCGCCAGCAGGGGAGCCGGAGAGCUCGGAGGGGCAAGUGGAGGAGGAAGAAGAGGAAGAGGAAGUGAGUGUGUCAGGACAGGACCAGGACCAGGUCUCCAAGAGGAGGAGACUAUCAGUGGAGGCGGACUUGGACCUGGACUCAGACUCUGACACGCCCGCGCCAGACAAGAAGGUCAAGAUGGGCGUGAGAACUCAGGAGAAGACUUCCUGCUGACUGGACUGGACUGGACCCAAACUGUGACAAAACUCAUAAACACUCCAAUAUAAGGUCACCUUCUCUUCUUCUUCCAUUCAUUGGGAGGCAGGCAGCAUGUCAUGCACUGUUGUUACUACCAAUAUCACAUUUGUCAUAUGUAGCAAAGUAUACAUCGAAUAAUGGAAAUGGAGGAAAAUCUGGGUGUGGAUAGCAUGGCCUGGUUUGCAAAGCAGCAUAUCAUGCACUCUCGUUACUAUCCUCUCAUCAUCAAAGCACUGCUACGAUAAAUGGAAUGCAAGAUUUAAGAGAAGCUUUAUCCAAAUUUGUCAAACGGAUCAAAAAUAUCAGACAAAUCAUCUGGAUUUGGUUAUAGUGGCCUGGCUUGCAUUAAAGAAAGCAGCAUAUCAUGCACUGUCUUAACAAUAAAGGAGCGAUAUGCCAAUGUGUCAAAUGUAUCAAAGUAUAAAGUGAGUAAUAGAAAUGGAGGAACAUUCUCAAUUUGGUCAGUGUGGCCUGGCUUGUGUAACAUCAAGCAGCCUAUCAUGCAUUGUCUUUACUAUUGGAGCGUCAUCAAAGCACUGCAAUGAUAAAUGGAACGGAUUAGUCAGCGAUAUCACAAAUUGGCAAAUGUAUCAAAAUAUUAGACGAUUCAUGAAAAUGGAGGAUAAUGUCAAUUUGGUUAAAGAUCAAAGCAAACUGCAUAUCAUGCACUUUUGUUACUAUUGAUGAGCGGUUUCCUCAUUUGUCAUAUGUAUCAAAGUAUAAGGCAAAUAAUGGGAAUGGAGGACAAUCUAGAGUCGGGCGGUAUGGCCUGGCUUGAAUCCCAUCAAGCAGCAUAUCAUGCACUGUCUUGACUAUUAUUAGUCAUCAUCAAAGCACUGCUGUGAUGCAUCCAACAGGACAGUCACUAAGAGGUGCAAUAACCAAAGUUCAGAAGUACUUUCAUAGCAAGCGACAACGGAUUUGGGAGCCUUGUCGCAAGCAGCCUACCAUGCACUGUCGUGACUAUCAAGGAGCAAUAUCCAAACUUCUCAAAUUCAUCAAAGUCCUGCAUGAAGUGAAUCAUGGAAAUGGAGAAAAUUCAGGAGUCGGAUAGCCUGGCUUGAAUUGCAUCACAGCAGGCAGCCUAUCAUGCACUGUCGUGACUAUCCCCGCAUAAACAAAGCACUGCUAUGAUGAAUCCAACAGGAUAGUCUAUCUAAGAAGAGCAACACCCCAACUUUUCAUAGUGAGUGACUUUUUUGUUUUUAUUUGGUAGCAUCACGGCACGCAGCCUAUCAUGCACUGUCCAUCAUCAUCAUCAAAUCACUGCAAUGAUAAACUGACCAGAAUAGUCUUUGGCGUAUCCAAGGCCACACGUCAUACUUUUAUUUUGGAAACAGCACAGCAAGCAGCCUAUCAUGCACUGUCUGGACUAAUCCAGCAGAGUGCUGCUGUAGUACCUCGGUUUUACUGAGGAGUCCGUUCAAAAAGGUCAGACCUAGACCCAAAUCAUGUAAGUCCAUUGAAUCUGUACCUGACACGAGAAAUUAUGAGCACAAAAAGACAUUUUACAGAGACUAUUCCUAGUUUUAAAGAAUGAAAUGCAUUUAAAUGAUGAAUGAAAUGUACAAAUAAAACUUUUCAAACUUUGUUGAGGACUUUGGUUGGCAAAGCAGAGACUCACGCCAACAAUUCAAUGGAGUUUCUCACCUUCUUUAUCAAACUGCUGGCACUCACAACUUUUUUCGGCCC